GGUGAUCAGUCCUUUGAGAUGGAAGAUAAUCUUUCCUGUGCUGUUUGCCGUGAUCUGUAUGAGGAUCCUUUCCUAACUGACUGUGAUCAUAGCUUCUAUCAAUCCUCUAUAUCCCGGUGCAGGGAGAAAGCUGUUACCACCUCUUGUCCUGUAUGUAGAACGGAGACCUUUUCCAGUGACCUGAGGCCGAUCCGCGCCCUCUCCAACAACAUGGAGACAUUUGUAAAAUGUGCUAAAAGUGAUGAAAGUCAGCAGGAGUGCAGCCCUCACAAGGAGAAGGUGCAAUUAUUUGGUAAAACUGACAAUCAGUCUAUCGCUGUCGUUUGUCAGACUUCAAGAAAUCAGCCAAGCCACAAGAUGCUGCCACUGAAAGAAACUGCUAAAGAGUUUAAGGAGGAACUGAGAACCUUUAAGAAACCAGUCCAGGAUAAAAAGGAGCAAUGGAACAUUCUAAAAUGUGAUUAUGAAAAAACAUUAACCCACAUUCAGGACCAAAGUGUAAAGACAGAGAAACAGAUUAAAGCCGAAUUUGAAAAACUUCACCAGUUUCUCCGUGAGGAAGAGAGAAUCGUGUUGGAAGAUCUGAACCUGGAGAAAGAGAAAAAGAGUCAGGAGAUGAAGGAGAGAAUUGAGAAGAUAACGGAGGAAAUCUCAUCGCUUUCGGUCACUGUUCGGGAUAUUGAACAAGAGCUGAAGGAACAAAACAGCCCCAAGUUCUUAAAAAAACUUCCGGCUGUACCGAAAAGGGUGAAGCAAACUCCCAGAGCGACAGAAGGUUUAAUAAAUGUGGGGAAGUACAUUGGGUCGCUGCAGUACAGAGUGUGGAAAAAGAUGCUGACUGCGAUUAAUACAGCUCCAGUGACCUUCGACCCUAAUACAGCCCAUCCCAACCUUCUCCUGUCUGAGGACCUGAGGAACGUGAGAUACACUGGGAAACGGAAGCAGCUUCCCGACAAUCCAGAGAGAUUUGAUUACUGUGCCUGUGUCCUGGGAUCAGAGGGAUUCACAUCAGGGAAACAUUCCUGGGAGGUGGAAGUGGGGAUCAAGGCUGACUGGGAUGUGGGUGUGGCCAUGGAAUCCAUCAAUAGGAAGGGGAAAAUCAGCAACUUGAAUCCAGGUAACGGAUACUGGACAAUGGUGCUGAGAGAGGGGAAUGAAUACUGGGCGUGUGAGAACUUAUUGAAACGCUUAGAGCUGAGUGUGAAGCCGAGGAAGAUUCGAGUCUGUCUGGAUUAUGAGGGAGGGAAGGUGUCCUUUUAUAACUCAGAUAACAAGUCCCAUAUGUACACUUUCACUGCUACAUUCACUGAGAAACUCUAUCCUUACUUCUGUCCAUGUAUCACUAAUGGGGGUAAAAACACAGAACCACUGAAAAUCUGUCCCCGGACAGUAACAACCCAGGAGGAUGAGAGUUUUAUCCCUUCAUCCAAAUAAAGACUGUUUCUUGUAUGUGGGUGGGGAAGGGGGGUUUGUUCCUCUGUAGGUGAGGGGCUGGUGUCCUUCACGGAUCCUACCCCCCCUCCCAUUAUCACAAACUGUCAGCGGGAGACGUCCAUUCCAGAGGAGGGGGAGACGGGUCCCUCUGGUCCAGCCUGUACCUCCCGGGGAUGUGUGAGGACCCCUGCCUGAGGGAGGGCAGGAGGAUCCACUCAGUAUGAUCCAGUCACUCGUCACCAAGUCGGACGCCCUGGAGUCUGGGACGGGCGAGGUCGAUGAGGCUGAGUCCGCCUGGCCAUGGGCUGAUAUACCCAGAACCUGCUCGACCUGGUCGAGGAUUCAAUUAAAAAGGCCCCACACACUGGGUCACUGGGCAGAGGUGGGGGAGGGGAAGGCCCCACAGGCUGGGUCACUG